AAAAGCAAAAAACAAGAGAGGGGAUUGGUGCAUACAAAAAGGGUAGACAUAAGCCCUGUUGAAGUGGGCUAGAUGCUGCUUGUAACCUGAUCCUGUUGGGAUAAUUAUGCAGAAAAUGAAGAACUUGGGAAGCAUGGGCAGCAGUGGGAGGUCGUCAAUGGAAGAAAAUAUUGAGGAUGAGGAGAUUUCUAGAUUGGCAAUCUCCACAUUUCAAGCUAGGGAAGAAGAGAUUGAAAGGAAAAAGAUGGAAGUGAAAGAGAAAGUUGAGAUCCAGCUGGGUCGUGCUGAGGAGGAAACAAGGCGCUUGUCAAUGAUUUGGGAAGAACUUGAGGUGCUGUCUGAUCCACUAAGGAAAGAAGUUGCCAUGGUACGAAAGAAGAUUGACAUGGCUAACAGGGAGCUAAAGCCUCUUGGACAGAGCUGCCAGAAGAAGAUUCAAUGCACCACGCAAGUUAGAUUUCUGCUUGGGUGCAGGAGAAAGAAUAUAAAGAAGCCCUGGAAGCUUUCAACGAAAAGAACAAAGAAAAGGCACAGCUGGUUACUACUUUAAUGGAGAUGCUGACUGAAAGCGAGAGGCUGAGAAUGAAGAAGCUGGAGGAGCUCAGUAAGAACAUUGAAUCAAUACCGUAGAUCCAUGUCCUUACCCUGAGCAUUUAUUAUUGUAUUUUAGACAUUUAUUUUCAUGGAUUUUUAAGUUAGUUUACCUCUAUGGUCUACAUCUGAAACCAAGUACAUGGCAAAUAAAUAUUAUCAGUGCAGCUCAAUUAGCUGUGGACAAACGCAUUAGGCUUCCAGGCUCCAGACCAUCAUUAGCACUUAACUUUUCUGAUGAGUACCAUUCUCCAAUUUCUAUGCUAUAAUGACUCCAGUGUCCUGUCACUGCCGCAUGAAUAAUUAAGCAAUUUCCUCGUA